UUUUGGAAAACCAAAUUGUUUAUGUUCAAUUGUUUCUCUCUCUCUCUGUGUAUUCAUUUAAUUUUUCUUUUACAAAUUAAACUAAUCAAUCUAAAUGGAUCAAAGUUCUUUCAUUCAAUCAAUAUCUACAAUCAAUUGUGAUCUUAUUCCACCCACCGAACCAUCAAACGCUGAAAGUGCUUCCAAUUUGGUGAGAAAUGUUUGUAACCAUGUGUUGACCAAUGGACCUUGUGAAAAGAGUAAAGAGUUAAUUGAGAUAUUAGAUAAUUUUUUAAUCUAUCCUGAUGUUAAAUAUUUGGUUCUUAAAUCGCUACUAAAUCUGUUUAAAGCAACGAAAUCAAAAGUAGGUGUUAAUGUUGGUGAAGAUUUCAUCACUGUAGCAUUUGAUUUAAUCUCGUUAAUCAAACUUGAGGCUAAAGAUAGUAAACGAGUUGGUGGUAAAAGAAAAUGGAAAUCAACUGGUUCAUCUAAUUGUUCAACUGGAGUUGAUGUUUUAUUCAAGAAAUCAGAUGAUUCUGGUCCCCUGUUUACACCGAAGAAUCUUUGUUACGAAAAUCAAGCUGAUCUAUUUGCUUCUGUUUGGUUUAAUUUCUUAACAUUCAAGUUAUCAUUACCUAUUUAUCGUAGUGUCCUGAAGAUGCUCGACACCAAGGUUAUCCCCCAUUUCAGGAAUCCAUUGAGUCUAUCUGAUUUUCUCAUUUCUUCAUUCAAUAUCGGUGGAUCGGCGAGUGUUCUUGCCUUGUCAUCUUUAUACAUUUUGAUUAGUAAAUGUAAUUUAGAAUAUCCAAAUUUUUAUAAAAAAUUCUACAGCCUUAUAACAGCCGAUAUGUUACAUGUUAAGUAUCGAGCUCGAUUCUUUUAUUGGACCGACAUUUUCCUUACAUCAACUCAUAUACCAGGUUAUUUGGUUGCUGCUUUCGUUAAAAAAUUGGCUCGAUUAACAUUAAUUGCUCCCAUUGACGCUAUUACCAUCAUUUUACCAGUAAUUAAAAAUGCUCUCGUAAGGCAUCCAAGUUUAAUUGUUAUGAUGAACAAAUAUUCAACUGGAAUUGAUUCUGAUCCAUAUGAUAUUAGUCAAGAUGAUCCUGUUAAUUCAAAUGCAAUGGAAAGCUCACUUUGGGAAUUGUCAACAUUACAAUAUCAUUGGAAUACCAAGAUUGCCUCAGGGGUUCACUUUAUUAAACAGCCAUUACCCUCGAAGGAAACUGAUUUAUCUGAAUUACUUGAAACCACGUUCACUGAAUUACAGGCUCAAUCCUUUAAGGCUCUGGAUAAAACCGACUAUGACAUGCACAUUAAUCAAGAAUUGAGGGAAUCGUUGAGAAAAUUUGUCCAAGUUUAAAACAACAAUUAUUUAGAUUGACAAUAAAUUGAUUUCUUUUUUCUCUUUAAA